CUGUGGGUAACCUCGAAAAUAUCUGUCCUCUUCACCAUACCUAUUGUUUUGAUACUUGUAAAAGACGUUUUUUUCUGUAUGGGCAGUUUUGAUGAGUUGUGUAAGUGUCCUCACUUGGCAGGAUGAGUGGCGGAAAAAUGCUGACUAAGGUUUCCUGUCACAUGGGGACGAGAAACUGGUUUUCACUUCAUCAACUUGUGCAAGAUUCAAAGAGGGAAGGGAGAGCAGCGGAGAGGUAGGGACAUUGUAUUUUGCACAUUUCAUUAAGACCUUUUUUUUUUUACCCUGAUAGUUUGUUGUAUUUGACCCUAAAAGUCAGGCGUCUUUGAUUUCCUAAAAUGGCUUUCAGAGCAUUCACACAAACACACGUGUAUGAAAAGCAGGCAGCCUUAAAAGAAAAAGACAAAAGCAGCAUCCAGUGCAUCGAGUGCUAUGAUCAGAAUGUGUACAUAGGAAGUAGGGAUGCAACAGUGCAGCAUCUAAUCCUUCCCAGCAGCACCGAUGGAGACCGGAUAAAAACCAGAGACGGUAGGGUGAGAAAACUGGGCUCGAGCAACCCCGUUGUCCAACUUAGAGUAGUCCCGCUUUUCAACCAUCUUCUGGUCCUGUGGGACCGGAGCGUCACAGCCCUCAACAUGUUCUCCUUAGAGCCGCUUCCCGCGCUGAAAAAGAUCCAGCACGUGUCUUUGUUCGAGGUGUGCGACUCGGCGCUCGUAUCCCAGAAAGCGCGCGUGGAGAUGGUGACCUCCUCCAGCCGCAGGAAGGUGAUCCGGAUCCACGUGGUGGGCGUGGACAGGUGGGAGGUUGUAAAAGAAGUCCCUCUAGUCCAGGACCCCGUGGCGUUGGCAGUAGACGGCGCUUGUUUGUGUGUAGCCACCGGCGACAGGUAUCUCCUCUGUGAUGUUUCAACCGGGAGCAGCCAGGAGCUUUUCCCUCACGCUCACGGCAGGCAGCGUGUCUUUGUUACAUCAGCUGGCAGAGGGGAGUUCCUCCUGAACGGGCCUGAAUCUUUGGGCAUGUUUGUGAUGAAGACGGGGAUCUGCCAGCGCCCCCCCCUGCAGUGGCCUCAGGAGGUGCUGGCAGCCCGGGUGUGUUUCCCUUACAUCUUAACCCUGCAGCCCCAAGUGCUGUCUGUCUACAGUGUACUAGAUCAGCAGCACAAGCAGACUGUGAGCCUCAGAGGAGCCAAGGGUCUGCACUCCACAUCAGAUGGUGUGUUAGUGUUCACAGAGAGAGACAUUUUCAGCCUGCGUCUGCUGCCGUUCGAGGAGCAGGUCCAGGCACUGGUGAGGCUUGAGAGGGUGGAGGAGGCCUUAGUGCUGCUGGAUGGAGUUCAAGAACGUCACCCGCUCGACUCAUACGAGGAGCUGCAGCAGGACAUCACUUGCCUGGCUGGAUAUGUUCAUUAUUACCAGCAGAGUUUUUCUGAGGCCAAAUAUCUAUUCAUUAAAGGUGGUCUGGACCCCAGAGAAAUCAUCCGCCUCCACCCCGACAUACAGUGCGGUCAGUGCGAGGACUUUCAAUCCCGGCUUGAUCAAGAGAACAAGGCCAGGGAUCUGCAGGCGCUCUGGCAGGAGGACAGGAAGGCGCUUCAUCAUUACCUGGUGUUCCUGGGAGACUUUCUCAGAGCAGUCAGGGGAACAGAGCGAGGCCUGGGGUGCAGUCGGGAGGUGGACUGCGCCCUCCUGAGGCUGUACGCAGAACUGGGAGACGAUGAAAAUCUGCAGCAGCUUGUAGCUUUCCCCAAUGAGUGCAGGCUGGAUCACUGUGUUCCUGUUUUGGAGCGACACAACAGAUAUUUCACAUUAGGCUCCCUCUAUCAAAGCCAUGGAAAGGAAAUCGAUGCACUCGAGGUAUCAUUUCCCCAAACUCCACAAAUUGUAUGCAUAAGAUUUGUUUUGUGUAACAGUCGUAUGUUUCAGCCUUUUUUUUUCUUCCAGACUUGGGUGAAAAUCGUCAAUGGCGCCCACAAAGACCCUACCUGCUCUGAUGUGUACGGACACAUAGUUUGGACCCUCAGCCAACUGCAAGACAGUGAUGCCGUGUGGAAAUUUGCAGACUGGACUUUGCACAAGAAACAGGAGAUAGGUGUGCAGAUUUUCAUCGGGCGUCCACCAGAUGCUCCAUUAGAGACACAGGAUGUCCUUGCUUUCUUGGAGAAGUACCCGCUGGCGAUGCUUUUGUAUCUUGAGUUCUUAAUCCAUGAAAUGAAGAGUGAGGAGGAGAGGCAUCACAGCCGUCUGGCCCUGGCAUAUGUUAGUGAGGCGCUGCGGAAGGAAGAGGAAACCGAUUUGAUGAAGACCAGGGGGAAGUUGCAGCAGCUGCUGUGGGAAUCUGAGUUCUUUGACGUCUCUGUUGUUUACGAGAGAAUCAAGUCUACAACCCUGCACGCGGAGAAAGCGAUCCUCCUGGGUAGAGUCGGUGAGCACGCCGAAGCGCUGCAGGUGCUCGUUCACCAGGAGAGAGACCUCCAGGCUGCGCAGGCCUUCUGCUGCAGGGCCUCCCAAAACCAGGACUCACAGUUCAGACGGACCCUGCUGUUGACCCUGCUCCAAAUCUACCUGCGCUCCGACGACCUCACUAACGCCGCCAUGGAUCUGCUCAACGACAACGCGCAGGUCUUCACAGCGGAGAGCGUGAUCCGGAUCUUGCCGGAUACCUGGUCCGUGCAGCUGCUCUCCCAGUUCUUAGUCGCAUCCCUCAGACAGACCUUCCACCAGAGGCGGAUGGCAAGUCUGCAGAAGGCUCUGAGCCAGGUGGAGCUCAUGCGGCACAAGGUCAUUUGGGUGAGUCCAACAGGAUGGUUCACAUUUUUCUUCGCUCGGUUGAACAUUCUGUGUAUUCUCUGUUUCCUUUUUUUUUUUUUGCUCUCUCCUCUGCAGAUGCAAACCACAAAAACAAAGUUCAGGCUGGACGAGGAGCAGAAGUGUAAGGUUUGUCAGAGAGACUUUGCAGAGCCACAGUUUGCUUGUAACCUACGCGGUGAAAUGAUGCACACAAGGUGUUGUGGCCCCUCAUCGUCGUAAAGAGACACAGACACACCAAGUCUAUUCUGUGUUUAUGCAAAUACGCGUGUCUGUUUCCUACACGGUCAUUCCUCGAGAUUAGACUGGGCAAACUCUGUACAAAGAUUCCCUUCAUGCAGUCUGGACCAGACACUUUCCCUAAUUAGAAAAAAAAAAUACAUUUAGUAAAUAACAGGUUUCAGAAUGCAAAGAGAGCAAGCUGUGCACUUUUCAAGAGUGGCAUGUCUGAGCCGUUUCCUUCAGACAUUGUGGACAGCAAUAGCUAUAAAGUGAAUCUUGGAGGACACUCGGGUGGAUGUGUUCACUGAUCAGACAGUACUGUUUUCACAUGGAAACCAGCUGUGGUAAACCUGAUGACUGGAGAGAGCUUGACCAUCUUCCAUCGCCCUAUAUAUGCAUCUCCGCCAUCCUGGUUUCCAUAAACUGUGUAUAUUUGUCUCCACAGAGCCGGGAAUAGAAAGUCCACUGAGGAGCUUUUUUCAUGCAGCCUUUUGCAUGAAAAUGUAUGACCCCUGCAGAUAAUCACAAGUACAGGUUUAAAAAAUGAAAAGCAAACAACUUCAAGAAAUGAAGAGUUUGGGGUCGCUUCUGUUAGUUUUGUUAAGCAACCUAAUAAGAUGUUUGUGAUGUUUAUGAACGCGGAAAACAGAGAAAAUCAUCCACUCUGUAUUAUUAGGGAACAUAAAUAGACGUGUACUCCAAAUAGUAGCACACAAAAACUCCUCUGUGUCCACACGUACAGUAUAAAUCUGGUAGAUCAGCGUAAACACAUAUAAUUAAGUUUGAUGACACUCAAACUGUAUUUAUUUUUUCUGUAAUUUAGUCAUUAAGUCUAACCAUAACUGUUAGUAUUUCUUCAUCCUGAUGCAUUUUGGGACAGGAGCGAAGGAGACGCCUAAACGAGCAGAACGGUUGCAGCAUUUGGCUCGAGUCUGAACGCUUGUUGGCCUUGGGUGAGGGACUAAUUGCACUGUAGAUAAAUAGUAGAUAAUGAGUUCAUUAGAAGGCAGUAUCACUUUGUGAUGCCCUUGCCAAGAUUUCUUCUGUUUUCUCCACUAAUGAGGAGUAGUUGGAGUUCUCACUGAGGGUUUCAUAUACUGUACAGUGUGGGUGUUGUGAAGUCCUUUCAGAGUCCAACUAGAAUUAUGGUCUACAAGAUUACACCGGGCUCAAGCUUUGACCUGAAAUUUCUCACUUUGAUUGUAUAACUUUAACCUCUGACUCAUGUAAAUGAGCUGAAUCAUGUCCCAGAAACCACAGUGUUUCUCUUAUGUGUGGUCAGAGUGGAAGAUGCCACGUCCACUCCUGAAUAUCUACAUGUCUCCCUAUCUCUAAUUCUCGUUUAGUUUAGAUCAUGUGGUUCACACAAGAACACAAAAUGUACAAAGCACAAAGAGAAAAUGUGUCAGCAUGUAAUGUGGGCAAUGUAGACACCAGUGAUGCCAAAAACACAAUUAAAAAGAAAUGUUAUAAGUCAUACAAAACAACCGAAAUAUCAGUGUUCGAACUGAAAAAAGAAACAGAAAAAGAAAGAGGUGAUGCUGAAAUAUUGCACAUUUGAUUAUUUUAGUCAUUUUCUCUUUAUUGUUUCUUCCUGUCUUAUUGCUUUUCUUUCUAUUUUUCAUGGUUUUCUUUCAAAAGCCCCCUGUGGACAGGUGUUGAGAACUAGCAUGUAUGCUGAAACACUUAAACAAUGCAUCUGGUUCGUCCAAUGUAUCUGUGAUGUCCAUGCCAAAUAAAGUCAAUCUAAUCUGUAAA